AUGGACUUUACUUUAACGUUGCCAGUUACGUCAAUUAUUUAUAAAAGCUAUGAUGGACUUUCGAUAAUUCCUAGGUUGGCCAAAGAAAUAAACGAUAGUAAUUCAAAAGAGUUGUGCCAAAGGUUUACACUGGAGGAUAUGCAUAAAGAACUUAUUGAAGAAUCUGUUCAUAAUACCCAACUUUCUCAUGAUGAAAUUCCUAAGGUAGAAACUAUACAUAAUUGGGUUUCUAGAUACUCAGCAGAAAUGAAAAGAGAUGUAGCUGAUAAAAUGUUAGCAAAUUACAAUAAAUGA